UUGGCUCCGCUCUGAGCCCACCAUGUCGGGUCAGCCCGGCCAUGCCCCCUUCGCCAGCCUCCAGCCCAUGGCCGAGCCCCCCCAGAUCCUGCCAGAGCUGAGCCUGCUGCCGCGGCGCCUGCCCCCCCAAUUUCGGGACGCGGGGAGCGCCCCCCUCCGCAAACUCUCCGUCGAUCUCAUCAAAACCUACAAACACAUCAAUGAGGUGUACUACGCCAAGAAGAAGCGGCGGGCUCAGCAGGGCCCCCCCGACGCCGCCGGCACCAAGAAGGAGCGGCGCCUCUGCAACGAGGGCUACGACGACGACAACCACGACUACAUCGUCCGCAGCGGCGAGCGCUGGCUCGACCGCUACGAGAUCGACUCCCUCAUCGGCAAAGGCUCCUUCGGACAGGUGGUGAAGGCUUACGACCACCAGGCCCAGGAGUGGGUGGCUAUCAAGAUCAUCAAGAACAAAAAAGCGUUUCUGAACCAGGCGCAGAUCGAGCUGCGGCUGCUCCAGCUGAUGAACCAGCACCACACUGAGAUGAAGUAUUACAUCGUGCACCUCAAGCGCCAUUUCAUGUUCCGCAACCACCUCUGCUUGGCCUUCGAGCUCCUCUCCUACAACCUCUACGACCUCCUCCGCAACACCAACUUCCGUGGCGUCUCCCUCAACCUCACCCGCAAGUUCGCCCAGCAGCUCUGCGCCGCCCUCCUCUUCCUCGCCACCCCAGAGCUCCGCAUCAUCCACUGUGACCUCAAGCCCGAGAACAUCCUCCUCUGCAACCCCAAGCGCUCCGCCGUCAAGAUCGUCGACUUCGGCAGCUCCUGCCAGCUGGGCCAGAGGAUCUACCAGUACAUCCAGAGCCGCUUUUACCGGUCCCCGGAGGUGCUGCUGGGGCUGCCCUACGACCUGGCCAUCGACAUGUGGUCCCUGGGCUGCAUCCUGGUGGAGAUGCACACGGGCGAGCCGCUCUUCAGCGGCGCCAACGAGGCCGACCAGAUGAACCGGAUCGUGGAGGUGCUGGGGCUUCCCCCCCCACACAUGCUGGAACAGGCCCCCAAAGCCCGCAAGUACUUCGAGAAGCUGCCAGAGGGGGGGUGGGCCCUCAAGAGGAACAAGGAGAGCAAGAAGGAGUACAAGGUGCCGGGGACGCGACGUCUCCACGAGGUGCUGGGGGUGGAGAGCGGUGGCCCGGGCGGGCGCCGGGCGGGGGAGCAAGGCCACGCCCCCUCGGACUACCUGAAAUUCAAGGACUUGGUCUUACGGAUGUUGGACUACGAACCCCGGAGUCGCAUCACCCCCUUUUACGCUCUCCAACACAACUUCUUCAAGAAGACCAACGAUGAAGGUACCAACACCAGCAACAGCACCUCCACCAGCCCGGCCAUGGAGCACAGCCACAGCACCAGUACGACCAGUUCCAUCUCCAGUUCGGGUGGCUCCAGCGGCUCCUCCAACGACAACCGGAGCUACCGCUACAGCAGCCGCUACUACGGGAGCGCGGCCGCCCCGCACGGCGACUGCGAGAUGCAGAGCCCCCAGGCCCCCCCAGCGCAACCGCCCCGACCUUGGCCCGGGGGGGACCCGGCCGCACCCCCCGCCUGCACCGACGCCUUCACCCCUUUGGGACCCCCCAAGCCCCCCCAGAUCUUACCUGGGGGGGGAGGAGGAGGAGGAGGAGCCCCCCCCCCUUUCCCACGCCCCCCCCCGGCCCCCCACCCCUCCCAGCACCACCAGCACCACCAGCAGCACCAGCACCACCCGCCGGGGCCCCCCCUUUCUCUCCCUGGGGGGGGCUCUUUAAGCGAGCGGAUGAUGGAUUUGGGGGGGCCCCCCCCGCCUCCUCCGCCGCCCCCCCCCCCGCCGCCACCUCCGUUGCCCCCCCCUCCUCCUCCUCCUCCUCCUCCUCCCCCCCCACCCCGCCACCACCCGGACUGUCACCCCUUUGCCCCCACAAUUUUCCGGACUCGAGGGGGGGUCACCGGUUUUGGGGGGGGGCGGGGGGGGGGGGCGAGACGACGCACGGCACCACCGCGGCGGCGGGGGGGGGGAGCACACACCCCCACCAUCCCCCCCCCCCUCCCCACCACCCCCACCGCCGCCACCAUGACAACAGGGGGGGCGGGGGGGGGGCAGCACCCCCCUUACGGGGGUCCCCAUUUCCGGGGGCGCCCCGAGCACGAGGACUCGGCCAUUUUGGGGGGGGGCGUCCCCCAAAGUACGGCCGCCAGCUCUUGA